CAGGCGGACGCGUCGGGAAAGAUGGCAGCGUCCUUGAGAGGCAUGUUUAUGCAGAAGCGGUGUUCAACAUGCUGAGCAGCUGGAGAUGUGAGGAGCUGAGCUGCUGACAGCGACACACGAACAUGGAGAGGCAAGAGUUCGUCGCCUCGCUGGUGGCUGGAGGCUGUGCAGGGAUGUGUGUGGAUCUGACCCUCUUCCCUCUGGACACCAUUAAGACCAGACUGCAGAGUCAGCAAGGUUUCUAUAAGGCAGGGGGCUUCAGGGGCAUCUACGCAGGGGUCCCAUCUGCUGCGGUCGGCUCCUUCCCCAAUGCUGCUGCUUUCUUUGUCACCUACGAAGGCACAAAGUCCCUGCUCAGCGCUGGCGGAGCACUAGCAGCGCCACACAUGGCACCUGUCACUCACAUGCUGGCCGCCUCCCUUGGUGAAGUAGUGGCGUGCCUUAUCCGGGUUCCCACAGAGGUGAUCAAACAAAGGGCCCAGGCCUCUCCCUCAUCCACCACCCACAACAUACUGCUGGGGACACUCAGACGAGAGGGUGUUCGAGGCUUGUACAGAGGAUUCGGGAGCACAGUUCUCAGAGAGAUCCCCUUCUCACUGGUGCAGUUUCCACUUUGGGAAUAUUUAAAGACUCUGUGGUCGCGGAGGCAAGGUCACACACUCUACUCUUGGCAGGCUGCAGUGUGCGGAGCUUUUGCAGGGGCGAUAGCGGCAUUUGUUACCACUCCACUUGACGUGGCGAAGACCAGGAUCAUGCUUGCGAAGGCUGGGUCGACCACAGCGAGAGGCAACAUCCCGACGGUGCUCUACGACGUGUGGAAGAGCCGAGGCCUCACAGGUCUGUUUGCGGGCACCAUGCCGAGGAUGGCCUUCAUCAGCGUGGGUGGGUUCAUCUUCCUGGGAGCCUAUGAGAAGUUCCGUCGCACUUUGCUCUGACCGUCAGUCCAGAGUUCCGGUGAAAGCAUCGCUAGAAGUAGCACCCUCGUCUCCUGGAGGGGCCCUACCCCCCCACCCCACUGUGCCUCCAUGGUGCUGGGCCCCCCUCCACCUGAGAAGCAAGGAACACCCGGUGCUCGGGGCAAGAGUCGGCCACGAGCGCGAUCGCGUUACCCAGCAUUCCUGCUCAUCAGUGCCCUGCAGAUUGAGCUUGACAGCUUCAGUCCUUCUUGUUUAACAGCAGCAGUGGUUUGGUGAAACGAGGCCACACCCUGAGCACUGAGGGAUCUCUACUGUUUAAUGAGUGUGUGAAUGAAUGAGUUAUGUUUUUAAAGAUCUGAUGAUUCCUUUAGUUCCCUGUGGGCGGCUCGCUGUACUUUCUACGUUGUUUCAAGCUUAUUUUAGUGUUUUAUCCAUAUUUUCUCUUCUGCAUGAAGUCAAACCUCCUGUUAAAUACACACCUGGGAGAGACAGUGAUGUCUCACCAUUGUUACAUUCCCACUGGAGCAAGACUGAGCUCAUCCAUCUGCAGCAGCUCUCAGUUUAUACUGAAGAUGCCUCCAACAAUAGACCACUUUGUUAAAUUAACAAGGCUCUGGUUUUAUUAGGAGUCUCAGGUGUCCUAUGCCAGCCUGUGUAUUACAGUCUGAGAUAUAUUUAUCUUAUUUAUUGAGAAAUAUUAUCAGGCGACUGGAAAGAAUUGUCUACUUGUUUGUUUUUAUGAUACUUUUGAUUUGUAGAGCUAAUUUCUAUAAAAUAAAUGGUGACUGAUUCUUCAUAUGUAAAAAAAACACAUGUCUCCAUACUGCUCCUGUGGUGUCAUCCAAGUGUCCCUAAGCCCCGACAUUCAAAUUCAACCAGAAACGGUGUCAUUAACACUGUGUUUUGGCCUAAAUGUCCUCAAUCAAUUUCAGUCAAUUACACAACUAUUUCAUAUACAGAUUACUUGUCAGAUUUAAUAAAAUAAAAAUAUUAUUCACUAA